AUGGAAGAAGUUGAAGAUGAAAGUGGAACAAGGAUGCUGAUAACAAUAAUGAGAAAACAGUGCAGAAAGACAGAGACAGACAGACAGAGAGACCGACAGACAAUGAGACAGACAGACAGACAAAUAGGUGCCACAAACCAGAUCGGAGUAGCUCUGACGAGACUCUGUCUCCGUCAUCGGAACAUCGAGAAGAAACUCGACACCGUCACACAGACAUUCGGCAGUUGUUUCGUUCUACCAAUAGACUCCAGACUAGAUGAGUGGAAGAAGGUAGUGCUUCAAAUCGAAAAAGAACAUUCUAGAGUCAUGACAGCUGUUAAUGUAAUUACUACUUUGAAUGUUACGCAUUUAGAGUCGAAGAAAGCAGCCAGAGAUUACAAAAGAGUCUCUACACUGGCCAGCAAGCUCGAGAAGAAAAAUAAAAAAGAUGCUCAGCAGCUGAAAGAGUUGGAGCAGCUUCAGCUGGACCGCAGAGAAAAGUUAGUGUCUAUGGAGGCUGUUGAGAAGACGUGCGCGAGGAGUGCACUGUUGGAAGAAAGAAAGAGGCAUUGCCACGAAGCCGAGAUUUCCUUGUUAUCAGACCUCGUACACCUCGAAGAAAUAAUGUCCAACUUGGUCAGCCAAUCACACGAUGCCCACAUUCUGCCAACCAAUAGCGAGCAGGUCAUACUCGACAUCACCAAUCAGACCGUACCCGAGGGCUGGAGUUGUCAGCCCCUCAUAGGCUUCCCAAUACCAUCCGACAGUCUGCUGAGUCUGUCGAGCGCUUUCUCCGGCAUUUCUUCAAGGGAUUCUGUUAUUUCCGAUAGUGAUUCCUAUGCUCCCUCCUACCCACUCAACGUCUCUCUCUCUUCUCUACCGGCAUCUCUCUUAAGGUCCCAGAGGGCUGGUGGAGGUUCGGUGCCCCCUUCGGAUCGAAGACCCCCGUUGUACCGACAAUCCAUGUACAACCCUUCUUUUGUUCCGCCGGCGUCACUGAUGACGUCAUCGCAGAGCGGACUCAGCUACUCGCAGCAGCCGCAACAGCAUUUGCCAUCAGCCAGCGUGCCUUCCACCCCCGAAGCCAAACAGAUGGACCAACAAAAACACAAACACCAAUCGAACCAUCCACUCAACCAAAUCAACAUCAACAACCGAGCCAAACCACCGCAACCAACAUCGUCGUCAUCCUCCAACAAACAAACCGGAAAUGACGCAAACAAUGACGUCACCAGCAACCUGCCGCCAUCAUAUUUACGUCGUAAGGGAAGCUUCGGUCGUUCGAUGCAAUCGCCUGCCAAUUCUCUGCCACCAACGUCACCGGCCAUUGGUCAGAAUGUUAACCAAUGGGAGAGCAGUGAUUCAAAAAGGCCUCAGUCAUUGGCUGUCUCUAAUAAGUGCUGGGGCUCAGAUAGACUGGCCUGCAACUUAGCUCCUCCUCUCACCACGUCGUCGUUGUCAUCUUCAUCAACGCUGAAGGACGAUGAUGAUGACGUCGAUUUCGAGGCAAAAAAUGUUAUAAGAAAUAAUUACAUUAAUGAUAAUAAUAACAUCAAUAAUAAUAACUAUAAUAAUAAUAAUAAUAAUUUUGUUGAGAAUAUUGAUGACUACAACAACUACACUAUCAAAAAUGCUGACAGCAACGACAACAACACGAGUGACAGCAACAACAACAACAGCAGUGACAGCAACUCUCUGAGCGAUAAUAGCAGUCUCGAUCAAAACAGUUGCAUAGAAAUAAAAUUGAAUUGUACGAACAGUUUUAGUGAUAACAAUAACGACAACAAUAAUAACAAUAAUAACAAUAACAAUACUGAUGAUGAUGAUAUUGGUGAUAAUUUUUUAAACGAUGAUGACGUGGAGAACGGUACAUUGAAAUUCAAACGUGACAAUGACGUCAUCGCAGCUACGGACGUCAACAACAUCAAUAACAACAGUGUUGAUGACAUCAACAGUUGUAGCAACGCCAACGCAGCUUACAAUUGCAGCAACAACAUCACCACAACCAACAACAACAAUUCUAUCUCAGUGCCUCACUCGCUUCCACAGCAAACAACCCAACAACUGCAAUUCGAUAACAAUCAUUAUCAACAGUUUCAACUACAAAAACAGCAACAACAAUUGAAACAAACACCGCAAAAAAUCUCUAUUUUUUCUGGUAAAAAGUUGUCUCCCAGUCAUAUCAACAACAACAACAACAACAACAACAACAACAACAACAGCGUCACAACAAAUUCAAAAUCGCAACACGAAUACGCGGAACCCGAUUUAUCAGCCAACAAAAAUGGCCAACAACACGUUCUACACGGCAACAACCACAACAAAGCAACUACCAAAAACAAUGUUGGGCCAACAUCGACAACAACUCCUCAACACAUCAACUAUGUUGAUUUUCACUGCCUCCCACCGUCCGUUCGUAUCAGCGAAAUCAACAAACACGAAAUUUACAACAAAAAUCUCAACCCCAACAUUAACAUCGGAACCUCUAGCAACAACAACAACAACAACAACGUCACUGGCAAUCACAUUAAUGUCAGUAGCAGAAAGCCAUCAGGAACCUCACCACAACCUCUCAAACAACUACAUCUUGUCAGUAAGAAGAAUGGAUGGUGUACCAAUCAGCAACAGCAAUCGCAACAACAUCCUCAACAAAAACACCUUCAACAACAGCAACAGAUACAAGUAUUACAAUCAGGAUUUUAUAAUCAGCAACCAUACCAACAAAAAUUGGUGUGCUCUCCAAAUAUGCAACAAAAACGUCAACAACAACUUCAAAAUCAACAACAACAACAACAACAACAUCAACAGCAGCAAAGUAAAACAACAAUUCUACUGAAAUCUUCUCAACACAAACAAAUAUCACCUCAACACCACAUCUACCAACAUCAUCAUCAUCAGCAGCAGCAACAACAGCACAACAACUCAACAAACCAACAAAAUAUUCAACAACAGUAUCUCCUUUCUCCGCAACAACAUCAAAAACAACAACAUUCUCCUCUUCAACACAAACUCUACCAACAAGCGCAACAUCAGCUCCAUCAACUACAACAACAACACCAGCAUCGACAACAGCAGCAGCAACCUAACAGAUCACCCAGACAGUCGCCAGCGUCAAGGAAGUUACUACCCCCACCACCACCUCUGCCGACAUCUCCUUCAAAAUUGAAGCAGCAGCAACAGCAACAACAACAACAAUUGUUGCAACAACAACAACAACAUUGUCCUCAUCAACAACAACAUCAGCAACAAUACUUCCAACAACAAAACAUUGAUUGCCCUUGGGACAUGAGACCUCAGGAACAACAACAACAACAACAACAACAACAACAACAUGUCAACCAAAAUAACAAUUACCCACAACAAUUCUUAUCCGUCGCAACAUACGGCAGUAAUAGUAGUAGUUGUGUUGUUGGCGGGCGUAAUGAUGAUGAUGUUUGCGUUGGGAACGAUGGAACACUACCGAAGGGUUUUGUCAAACAUUGGGAGAACACAGUGUGA